UUUUGUUUGACUUACUUCGUAAACGCACAAGCAGACGUCACGCGUUGCGGAUUACGAAAAACAUUUAUUAUUUCUAAUCAAUUUUGGCUUAAAUAGUCCUUAUUUUGCUAGAAAUAUAAUGUUUACUACCAAGAAACAAAAUAAGUAAUACCAGUUCAUAGAGCGUCAUUAUAAUUAUGUCCAGAAUGGAGGCAAAUGGUGCGGUUUUGUGUGACAAUUUGAUUAAGUGGUUGCAGACUCUGGAUCUUAAAGCAAAACAUGGAAAUCCAUCAGAACUGUCUGAUGGGGUGGCGAUAGCAGAGGCUCUCACACAAAUAGCACCGGAAUACUUUUCACCUGCCUGGAAUUUGAAAAUCAAAACAGAUGUUGGACACAACUGGAGGUUAAAAGUUAGCAAUCUGAAGAAAAUAUUGGAGGGUGUUGUAGAUUAUCAUCAGGAUAUUCUAAAUUUAAGUUUACAAGAGUUUUCAAGGCCAGAUGUAGUAAAUAUAGCGGAGACUGCAGAUGCAGCCGACUUGGGGAGACUGCUACAACUUGUAUUAAGUUGUGCAGUCAAUUGUGUAAAAAAAGAGGAAUACAUCACAAGAAUUAUGGAAAUGGAGCUAUCAUGCCAGAGAUCGAUAAUGCAAGCUAUACAGGAACUACAGACGUUAACGCUGGGCGUGAAUCGUGGCAGUGUGCACUUGGAGUCGCCGGCGGUCGAGCAGUCCGAUGCGGAGAUGAGAGAGGUCCUCGCGCAGAGGUGCCAUGAACUCGACACGCAGGUGAAAAUACUACAAGAAGAGAAGAUGACGUUGCUUAGUGAGGUGGCUCGAUUAACUGCGGCACGGGAAUCGGCUGUGGAGCCCGGAGACGCGGAAUUGGAUGACGCGGGCGCAUCCCUAGGCCCUGCGCACGCGGGAACGUUGCGCUACACGACGAUGCGAGCGCAACUUGACGCGCUAAAGGAUGAAUUGGACAAAGUUGAGCUACAACGGGAUGAUCAGCAUGCGAGAGCUGAUGCUUUGGAACGGGAGUUGGCGUUGAUGAAGUUAAGGAAUGAGGAGCUGCAGAUGGCAGCUUCCGAGAAUGUGGCGUUAAAAGAUGAGUUAGAUGCGUUAAGAGAAACGGCUGCUAAGGCAGCUGCUUUAGAAGCUACGGUAGCUUCGUAUAAAAAGAGGAUGGAAGAACAUGUAGACUUGAGAAGACAGGUGAAACUUCUAGAACGUGCUAAUACGGAACACGUACAGCGUGCUAUAGAACAUGAGCAAGCCGCCGCGAAAGCUAACGCGACACGGGCUCAGCUUGACAUUUACAAGAAACAGGUAAUGGACCUAAACGAGAAGCUAGACGGCGAGAUAACGAAGGCGGAUAAGCUGGAGAUAGAGAACAAGAAGCUGAGCAGCCGCGCGGCGUCGGUGCAGCGCGAGCGCGACGCGCUGCUGCACGAGCGCGACACGCUGCGGGACACCGUCGACGAGCUGCGCUGCUCUACUAUUACUGCCGGUGCAAAUGAAGACAACGUGUCCCGGGAGCUGAUCCCCAAUGACAUAAAGGAGCAGUUGAUUCGGCUAGAGCACGAGAACAAAUUAUUACGACAGAACCAAGGCGCUCAGGCGGACACGGCUUCUGUACAGGCUAUGUUAGAAGACUACGUGGCGAGGCUAGAGAAACAGCGAGCGAUCAACCGCGAGGCGAACCAGCGCAUCAUGCAGUUGGAAGCCACGCUAGAAGCGCCGCAUCCUAGGCUGGCAUCCGCCAUUGAGGAUAGCCAGAGAAAGUCAUUACAAGUGGAAGAAUUACAAGCGGCCUUAGCAGAGGAACGGCGGCGUGCCACGAAGCUGCAAGAAGCUAUAGCGGCCAAAGACGCGGAACUACUCGCUACUGAGGACAAAUACAAGAAGUGCCUUGAAAAGGCUAAAGAUGUCAUCAAGUCGCUGGACCCUAGAGCUUCUGCUCAACAAUCGCUGUCAGAUAUAACGCUGGGAUAUUCGCGUCCCGCGGGAACCGUGGCUGGACCAUCGCGACCCGAGAUCGCGCCUGCGCCCAGUAAUAGGACAGAAUGGAGCGGCUCAACCUCAGAGCCAGGCCGCGCCGGAGCAACCGAACAACGCUUACUAAGCACAGCGUGGUACACUCUCGGAGCUCGCUGUCACCGCGACGCCGUAGACACGCGGUUCACGCUGCUGUCGGCCGGCCACUCGUUCCUGGCCCGCCAGCGCCGGCAGCCGCCCCGCCAGCCGCCCCGCGCCCGCGCCUCCCCCGCCCCGCACGCGUCGCCCGCGCCCGCGCAAUGACGUCACCUGAUGUUGCAGCCAAUGCUGGUGAUUGAGUAAGACCUCUUCUAUGCUCUGUCCUGUGUAGUCUUCUAAGGAUACGGAACUUUGGUUGUAGUUCCUGCCAAACUUAGUGGCGGCAGAAACUAUUGGUAGGUUAAAUGGCUGAGGUGCUUGACCACUUCAAGUGCCUGUUUGACUUGGAGGUUAUGAGGUUAUGAGCUGUCAUUAAGUUUGGGUGGAACUAUACAUAAGUAAGCACGUUGUCUUAAAGCAGUUUCAGACUGACGUAUUUUGUUUGUCGCUCGGUUUGCCCUACAUGCGCGUAUUCGGGUGCCAUCGCUCGACAAUAGUUCUCAAUUCUUAAGCGCGUGCGUAACCGCGCUUACAAAUACGUUAGUGUGAAACUGCCUUAUUGCAGUGUGUCCGAUAAACCUUUUCAGUGAUUCAUUCGUGUAAAAGAGUACUUCUAAAACCAUUCCUCGGUGUACGUCAAACGUAUUCUUGAUUCAAAGACUUUUGUGCAUCACAUACAACUGUGCCGCAGUGCCCUCUUUACUAACCACCUUACGUGGCUAACGUAAUACCUGAGUAUAGACUUGAGUGCGCUUCUGGACAGAUUAUACAUAGUAGAUAUAUAUUUACAUACUGUAUUGUAUAUAAUCGUGUAUACUGUAUUGAUAACAAGGGUCAGAGGACGAAGCCUUGAGUGUUCAGGACGGAAUCAAACGUAGAUAUAAAGAAUCCACAAGUGUUCCAUUUCCCAUCGGUUCGUGUGAACAAUAUGUUAAUUACGAUUGGCGAGUGUAUCUUUUGUAAAUAAUAUUUGAGUGUGCGAUUACGCCAUUGUUGCUGGUCGCUGGUCGUCCCUUCCAUCUUCAUUUAAUUCUACGUCAAUUGGAAUAACAUAUGAUUUUUGUAUAAUUAUGUAUGAGUGUGAAUCCGUAACCGUUAACUGUGGGAGCCUGAAGUUAUUGGCUGUUAGUUUUUAAAUAUAUAAAGACCAUUAUGUAAUAUAAUAACUGUGACCUAAGUAGAAACUUUCUUACAAUUAUUUUAUAAUCAAUAAUGUCUCUUUGUAUUAAAAAGACAUUUUUUGAGUACUAAUUUGCUCAUAUGUUUGUUAAUUUAGAUUAAGUUUGAACACAUAAAAUGUAACCACCUGGUUCACUUAGCCGUUAUGUUAAUAAUUCAUUGUGUGUAUAAGGAUUAGUUAAUUCUAUAAACCCUUAGUAGAUAUAAAUUGAUGCAUUUGUGAUUUUCUGAGAUGGCUAACAUUUGCGAUAAGACAGCGAUUGGUGCACUACUUCGUCGGAAUUUUAUAUAAUAAAUCACGUAGGAAAGGUCGCUCGCAAUGGGAUAGUAAGUAGAAUUCAAACUUGAUAAGCUGUUGCAAAUAAUAAUGAAUGUAACUGAAAAGCGAUCAUAAAAAGCACAAAUAAUUUUCGUACUUGACCACAAUCCAUCGUUUUGGUAUUCAUUUGAGAUGCACAAAAACCAAAUCAUAUUAUAAAAUUAUCGCUAAUGUAAGCCAACCCAAACCCUUAUAACGUUCAAUAUCUAUUUACUCUCAUUAUUUAAACUUAAUAUUUUUCUCUUUUCUAAACUUAUUCGCAAAUGGGACGGAAAAAGUUGCCUUUCGAUACAGAAACAUUUCUGUCUCGCGGUGCUUCUCAAUAGAAAUUAUGGAAGAAAUAUUUUGGAAUAUAGCCAAAAAUGACUCCGAUUUUAUGGAGAUAUUUUGUAUCUGCUUUACUCGCUUAAGCUCUCAGGGUUUACCAUAAACUAUAAAUCCUAUAAACGUAAAAGAGCAGGAUAUUUGCAUUUUUUUCUUCUAUUAAACGUAUUAAGGGUUUAACGUGCAGCCGCGGAGCAGAAUGCUAUAUUUUAUGGGAUUUAAAGUAAUGGUUAAAUCCCUGAGCCCAUUUCCUCCCGUCCCUUCGAAAUACAACGCCGCCAAGCGGACGUUGUGUCAAUAAACUAUUAACUCGCUGAUUUAUAAUCAUCGUUCUCUAAUAUUACAAUACUUUUUUUGAACAAUGACAAUAUUAUUUUUUUGUUUAAAAUCCUAGGUUAGGUUAAUAAAGUGUGAUCCUAGAACAAAACUUUGUGCACUAUUACAAUUUAUUUUUAAGAUGAUAAUUAUAAUAAUUUUUAUAACAUCGUUUUAUAUCAGUAUUUUGUUAAUAUUUAUAAAUGUUGUAACCGGAGUCUUGUCUAACCAGAAUUUAUUAUUUGUUAAUUUUUAGAAAACUUAUAUUAUCACAUUAGCAAUCAGACGUCAAUUUAUUUUAUCCGCAUCGACUUUUCAAUUUGUCUUUUUCAUUAAUUAUAUUGGUAUUCCUACCAGUUCAGUAAUGGAAGUUAUUGUAUUGAUGCGAAGCAGUGCAAAUUAUUUAUUUAAUAUUAGUAUAAAAUGUAAUUUAUUGUUAAUGAUGACAAUAUAGUUUUGAAAUUUUU